AUGGCACGUCCACCUCAAAACAAGCAUCCAGCAGCAACCUCUACUGAGCUGCCCACUCUACACUGGACCCCGUCUAUCACGCGGUCAAUCACUUCAUACUCCAUGCCUCGCCAAAAAGAGCCCCUAGUGUCGAGCUUUGGCAAUGCCACCGAUGCCACAAAUGACCAAAUCCGCGACUACCACCACCAACUCAAAGCAACUCUCACAAAUAUCCUCAAUGACGACCGAAUGAAGCACAAUCCUAGUGGAAGUCGCUGUGUGCAGAAUAUACUGUUGGAAAACGAGCACGAUAUGCGAAACCAACGAAGACAUUCGCUGAGCUCAUGUACUGCUAAGCGAACGAUGCUAUUUUAG